AGGAGGAGGGGACAACACUCGCAACAUCCUGCUAAAGACAGUCCUGACGGCUUUCGGUGGCUUUUUCUUAUCAGAAGCGUUGCCGCUCCGGCAUAAUAAGCAAAGAGACUUUUACUAUGGUGGUAGUAUACGUGCCGCUCGUAAAGAAAUCUCCACCCACAUUUUACAAGGAUUUGGAACAGAGGAAGAACAAAAUCGAACAAUGACAGGGGGAGCAUUGUGUUCGUGCUGGUGGCACUAGGGCAGAUUUGGGAAAAGCCAAGCAUGUUAGAUCGUCAGGAUUUAUAGAUUUUGAUUUUGCAAGCAUCAGCGCCGCGCACACACGGGUGGCUGUUUGAGCAACGCUUAAGUGAUGGUUUAUUUUGCAGGUCCAGGGCACAACAGAAAUGAGCUCUUCAGUCUCAGGAUGGCUCUUGCUGAAUAUGCUAUUCUUUCUCAACUGUAACUCAUAAGAACUGACUGGACAUUAAUAAUUGAUGGCCACAAAAAAACAGAAUGCCAAACAUUGAAAUGGUGGUUGCAGUUUGAAUUUGAGCCAGCCUCAGCAGCAGCACAUUGGAUUCUUCUUGAACUUGCUGCUUUGAGGCCAGAAGAAACAAGGACAAGAUUGUACCAUGAAAUCCAUUAGUAAACAAUGGAAGAAGUUGGCGCUUAUUUUAAUAUUUGUUUGGGCUCUGUUCUUUUUGGCCCUUUUUUCUUAUUUUGUGGACAUCCCUGUGAAGGGGCAGCCUCUCUCAGGUUCUGUUGUUUUUUCAGAGAAUAGAAGGCAAACUCCACUUCAGGGCAACCACCGGUUUAUCAUGGGAGCUGAACAAGAUCCAUUGCUCUCAGAUGGCAAAGGCAAUGAUCUGUUUAACAAUCGUGUGUUAAAUGGGGACAAAAAAGUUUCCACAAGUCAAGCUUCAGACAGUAUUAAGAAAAAACAUAUAUUUAAUUCACAGGAAUGGUCGCCUCCUAAAACUAGCAAUUUAAAAAAGGUUCCACAGAAUGAUGACACUAAGUUAGCUGCUGGUCAGCAACGUUUUGAGCCUGAAACUUUGAAACAUGUAGAUAAGGCAGCCAAACGAGUAAAUAAUAUCAAGAGAACUCCACAGAGGCUUAGACGGAGUUAUCGUGCUGGAAGCAGAUACAAGUGGCCUAAUUUUAAUAUUGAUGAUGACUUGGAGGAAUACUACUUCUCAAAGACAAAAUCUGUCAUAUUCAAACUGUGGAAAGGAAAUGCCUCUUCCAAAAUGUUGAAUCCACGAUUACAGAAGGCAAUGAAAGAUUAUUUAAAUGCCAACAAACACCAGGUCAAUUUUAGGAUCCAUAAAGAGGCAACCAAGCUUACAUCUAAAGAACUUUUGUGUGAGCUCAAGAACCAAGUAAAGAUAAGAACUUUGGAUGGAAAGGAGUCACCUUUUUCACAUAUGGGCUGGGAGACAAUAGUUCCCAGAACUGUGAUGCACGACCUGUAUCCACAUGGCUUUAAAACCUGUGCCGUAGUUACAUCAGCUGGUGCAAUUCUCAAUUCUGCUUUGGGGAAAGAGAUUGAUUCUCAUGAUGCAGUUUUACGAUUUAAUGCAGCACCAACAAAAGGCUACGAGAGAGAUGUGGGAAGCAAGACGACCAUUCGAAUUAUUAAUUCUCAGAUACUUGCCAAGCCACGUUACAAAUUUAAUACCAGUGAACUCUACAGAAAUGUUACUUUGGUUGCCUGGGAUCCAGCGCCUUAUAAUGUAAACCUUCACAAGUGGUACAAGAACCCAGACUACAACCUGUUUACACCCUAUGUGGAAUUCAGAAGGAAAUAUCCACUUCAGCCCUUCUACAUAAUCCACCCUAAAUUCAUCUGGCAGCUCUGGGAUGUCAUUCAGAAAAACACACAAGAGAGAAUACAGCCGAACCCCCCUUCUUCAGGCUUUAUUGGAAUCCUCGUCAUGAUGAGUUUGUGCCAAGAAGUUCACGUCUAUGAGUACAUCCCAUCAGUCCGCCAGACAGACCUUUGCCACUACCAUGAGAAGUACUACGACGCUGCUUGUACUCUUGGAGCUUAUCAUCCUCUGCUUUAUGAGAAACUGUUAAUUCAGAGGAUGAACGAAGGGACAGAUUCUGAUUUACAAAGAAAAGGAAAAGUCACAUUGCCUGGUUUCAGUGCCAUAAAUUGUAACACAUAACUUGAGUAUUGAAAUCAUAAAAAAGAGAGAAAUAGUGCAAUAAUCUGACAACUGCUAGUUAAAAUGUAACUAUACUUGAAACAGCUUUGGACUGGAUAGUUUGUACUUUUCCCCGUAUCACUGGUGUUGACAUUCUGUUUUUGCUGUUUAUAUAUAUAUAUAUAUAUAUAUAUAUAUAUAUAUAUAUAUAUAUAUAUAUAUAUAUAUAUAAGUGAAUAUUCUCAUCAGCAGAAUGUAAUGCCAAGCCCACUAUUCUUUUCUCUUUAAACUAAUCUGCUGUAGGAGUUAGAGCUCCACUUGAGUACAGUGAGCAGAACAAAACCCUGCUUCUCAUUUCAUUAAGCAGAUCAAGAAAAAAGACAGCAGGCGUGACAGUCUUUAAAUGAAAAUCUGUAUUGAAAAGACUUUUUUCAUGAUGUUGAGAAUGGAUUGGUUUGGAUUGGUUUAGCUUUUUUAUUGAGUUAUUCUUACGGUAAGCCAAUUUUUUUUUCAGACUUUUAAGUACAUUUUUUUCUUUUCAUAUUUUUCAUUCAUGCCUUUAAUUCAAACAGUACAUGAAAGGCAUUUUUAAGAACUUCAGUUUUUGCAGCAAAAAAUCUGCAGCUAUGUCUGUGUAUUUAAAACUUUCUAAGGCAAUUGAUUCGUCUGCUCAGCUGUAUAAAUCAAUGGAUUUUUGUCAAUGUCUUAACGCUUAUGCUGUAUGUGGAUGUUUUAAUGGCUCAAUCACUGACAGUGCAUGGACUGCUUGGGUGGGUAUUUUGAAUGUACUAUUACUAAUUUGAAAUUUACGUGUUUUUUUCAUCUUUCCUGUAACCUGAAAGCACUUGACAUUGUUUGGUAAAGAGAGGUUAGAGUUUAAUCUUUAAAUGCUAAAAUUGCAUUAAAAAUGCAGAAUAGCAAAAAGGGGAAAAUGAUAACAUAUAUUAUUAUCCACAAAUUUGACUCAUUUUUAGUAGUUUCCUGUUUUAAUGUUAACUUCUUUCACGGUUUUUUCUUACCUUCAUGAUUUUGUACAUUUUGUAUUAAAUAUUCUUUGUAGAAAUCAAGAAUUUUGUACAAACUUUGCAAUUAUUGCUCAUUUCU